AUGAACCCUGGUCGUGCACUGAACGUAAUAGUUGAACAUUCGGUAUUGCUGCGAGUUCAUUACAACGGUCUUAGAGCACGUCCUUCAUUGUCAGAUGCAAUGAUAUGCGAUUGCACAUCUUCGCUAAUUUGGAUCUGUCUGGUGUUUGUCGAUUGUCGAAGAAUGGAUUUUGGCUGCUGUAACAUGGUACGUGAAUGUUCUAUAUUACAUAAUAUGCAGAAAAAGAGACGAUUGUGAGA